CAGGAUUUUUUGAACCGUAUAUUUCUGGUGUUUCGCGAUCUAAUCAGAAGAGAUGUAUUCCCACCUGAUUGGUCAACCAUGAGAUUGACAACCAAUCAUGCUAUAUUAACAGCUAUACAGUAUUUAACUCAGUCUUUAACAGAUCAUUUUCUUACCAGAGAGUCCUUCGAUAAAUCUAUAUGGGAUAACUAUUUUGAUUUAUCUGUGGCGUUUAUAACUCAACCUAGUUUACAAUUACAUACUUUUACUGAGGCCAAGAAAAAUGCUGUCAAAGACAAGUAUGGUGAUAUGAGAGUGUUACUAGGAUUUAAAACACAGAAUUUAUGGAAUGCUUUAGGAGAGCAUCAGAAGGCAUUUAUUCCGAGUAUUAUUGGAUCGUUCCUGGAGAUCACCCUAGUACCAGAGAGAGAAUUACGGAAAGCCACACUACCCAUGUUUUUCGAUAUGAUGAUCUGUGAACAGAAAAUAUCGGGAAAUUUUAAUAAGGUUGAGUGUGAGAUGAUAGAGAGAUUGGAUGAAUUAAUGACAUCAAACUAUGGUGACCAUGAAUUUAGACUUCUCUUUAAAACCAUACUCCUAGAGAAAGUACAGACGGAACCAUCCAUUCAGGAAGAAGGAAAGAAGUUUGUGUUUUCGGUGACAGAUUUAUUGGAUAGACUACUUGACUACAGACAAGUUAUAGAUGGAGAAGAGAACAGAGAUAAGAGAAUGCACUGUACAUUCAAUAUACUUAAUUUUUAUAAAAAGAAUAUCAACAGAGAAGAGAUGUAUAUCAGAUAUAUCACCAAACUUUACGAACUUCACGUCGGAGCCAAGAAUUACGUAGAGGCGGGGCUAACAUUACAGUUAUACGCUCAACAGAUACUAGACUGGAAAUAUGACGUUUUCCCUGCCGAUUCCAAGUAUCCUAGUCAAGAAGAAUGGGAACGAAAAGAAACACUGUAUCUAGAAAUUAUCGACUGUUUUGAUAAGGGACAGGCAUGGGAAUAUGGAAUACCGUUAUGUAAAGAAUUAGCUGUUUUAUAUGAAACAAGACUAUUUAAUUAUAAAAAACUCAGUGAUAUCUUGCAAAAACAAGCCCAGUUCUUUACGAAUAUUCUAGAAGGUAUAGCUAAGAUACGCGAUCCAAGUUAUUACAGAGUGGCUUAUUAUGGCAAGAGUUUUCCCCCUUUUGUUAGGAACAAGGCUUUUGUAUAUCGAGGUGACGAAUGUUUGAAAUUAGCUACCAUCAUGCAACAGUUAAUGACUGAAUUCCCCAACGCCACGAUAUUAAGUUCUAACAGUCCACCCGAAGAUAGUAUUAAAGAGGGAGAUGCUCAAUGUAUCCUUUUUAUACGUCCACAUCUCUCUAUGUGGAUGUAUAUUGUUGGCAACCCUGUCCGUCCGUCAACAUUUGCUUAUAUUCAGAUUUGUAUUGUGAAACCGAUAGCUGAUCCGAGACCAGAGUUUAAAGGUGCAAAUGUACCAAGUGAAAUCAGUAAUUUUUAUAACGUAAACGAAGUUGAUACAUUCCAGUUCGACCGACCUUACCAUAAAGGAGAGAAAGAUAAAAAUAAUGAAUUUAAGACAUUAUGCUUAGAAAGAACGAUGUUAAAAACCAGUUAUAAAUUACCAGGUAUAUUAAGAUGGUACGAAGUGAUAGACGCUAGCGUAGUCCAUAUUAGUCCAAUAGAAACAGCUACAGAGAGUAUAACACAGGUUAAUAAAGAGUUACGGUUCCUGAUAGACCGUUGUAAGACCCACCCAGAUAAUUACCUCCAGAAUUUAACCAUGAGAUUGAAAGGAGUAAUAAGUGCUACAGUCAGUGGAGGCAUCCCCAAAUAUCAGGAGGCGUUUUUUACUAACGAGUUUGCUAACGAGCAUCCUGAUCAGUUACGUCAUUUAGAAGAGUUACGAGGACAGUUAAUACAACAGGUGAAUUUAUUAGAUGAAGCGUUACAGCUCCAUGGUAGACUUGCAUCUCCAGCCAUUCAACCUCUACAUAAAAGUCUUUUAGAAAUGUUUGAAAACAUGAGACGAGGAAUCACAGAUUCUGUGAGUUGA